AUGGGCAGAAGGCCUGCGAGAUGCUAUCGCCAGAUCAAGAACAAGCCAUACCCCAAGUCCAGGUACUGCCGUGGUGUCCCUGACCCCAAGAUCAGGAUCUACGAUGUUGGGAUGAAGAGGAAGGGUGUUGAUGAGUUCCCCUACUGUGUGCAUCUUGUCUCUUGGGAGAAGGAGAAUGUCUCCAGUGAGGCUCUUGAGGCUGCCCGUAUCGCCUGCAACAAGUACAUGACCAAGUCUGCCGGAAAGGAUGCCUUCCACCUUAGGGUCCGGGUUCACCCGUUCCAUGUCCUGCGUAUCAACAAGAUGCUUUCGUGUGCCGGGGCUGAUAGGCUCCAGACUGGAAUGAGGGGUGCCUUUGGCAAGCCUCAGGGUACCUGUGCUAGGGUGGACAUUGGUCAGGUCCUUCUUUCUGUGCGCUGCAAGGACAACAAUGCUGCCCAUGCUAGCGAAGCCCUGCGUCGUGCCAAGUUCAAGUUCCCUGGCCGCCAAAAGAUCAUUGAGAGCCGAAAGUGGGGAUUCACUAAGUUCAGCCGCGCUGACUACCUGAAGUACAAGAGUGAGGGUAGAAUUGUUCCUGAUGGUGUCAACGCAAAGCUGCUCGGUAACCACGGCAGACUUGAGAAGCGUGCUCCUGGGCAAGCUUUCCUCGAGGCCGUUGCUUAA